CUGGGAAUUCCAGAAAUGGGCGUGGCUUGAUGAUGAAUUUCACGGAACUUGUCUCAACUUCACAACAAAACUUUCUUCUGUGCGUGUUUUUUUUUUAUUCUAAGCUGCACCAUGGGCGACAGGAGUCUCAGUUUCUCUCAUAAUGAGACGCCAGAGGCCUGGGUCCACAUGUAAUGGCCACACUUAAAACCAGGUGGCUUCUGUCCAUCUGGUUGGUCAGCCUGUCAGAAUGCUCUGCUUCAGAAGGUCCUCCUGCUCCUCCCUCUCGCCCUGAGUGCUUAAUCCCAUGUGAUAAGAACUGUGAUGUAGAUAUCCACUGUACCUGGGAGCCGAGGCCGGACCCUCAGAUCCCCACGAAGUACACCCUGCACUGGGAGCCGGCAAAUAAAGACGAUCAGCAUGUGAUCAGUGGGUCCAGUUCGAGUCAUUUUAUUGAUCGGGAAAAUUUCUCCAACAAUGAUGAUCUCCGUGUUUGGGUCCAGGCUAAAAACCAACACGGUUCUUCCAAAUCUCCAGAUGUUGAAUUCAAUCCAGCAGACAUCUACAAGCCAUCGCCUCCUAAUGUCACAACGAGUGACCAUCAGGAGUCGUUAGAGAUUGACUGGAGUGUCUCCUGUGAUCUGCAGCAUACUGUGGGACACUGCGACGUCCAACAUCGCACCGAGGAGGACCGAGAGUGGCUGCAGGUGAAGGAGGUCUAUCGCAGCUUUGCAUUGGACAACCCGCGGCCCUGCACAGUCUAUGAAUUUCAGGUCCGCUGUUCCUGUGGCAAAGGCCUCAUGAGUAACUGGAGUGCAGUUCAUAUAGCCAGAAGUGAGAUUGCCCCUGUUGCAGAGCUGGAUGUAUGGGUCGACUGCGGGAUAAUCCCUGAAAGCAGUGACUGCGUUCUUACCUGGAAGGAGCUUCCUCCACCCCUGGCUUGUGGUCUCAUUCUGGGAUAUGAGGUCAGACUGUCUUACAUAAACCGCACCGUGAAGUCUGUGAAUCUGUCCACAGCCGAGCCAAGAAGAGGCCUGUUGGUUUGUGAGGAGAUGCAAUGCCAGUUUAACUCCUCUCUGAAGGAUGUUGCAUCAGUCAGUGUGUCGGCCUACAAUCGUCAUGGUGCCAGUGUGCCUUCCAACCUCUCUGUGCCAGUAACAGCAUUCGUCUCAGAGAAAAAUGAGCAGGAAAUACACCUCAAGGUGACUGAGGAGAAUCUCACAGUGUCCUGGAAGCUGCCCCAUCGGCUCUCCGUCAACCUGACAGAAUAUGUGGUGCAAUACAAACAAGCAGGGCGUCCUCUGGGUCGAGGAUUCGAUUGGGUCAAAGUGUCCAAAAACCAAAAAACUGCCACUUUUAAAGGUCAAUUUAAAAAGUACACGCCUUUCCAAGUGUCACUGAUCUCAGUUUCACGCAGCAACCAAAUCCACCACCUCUUAUCAGCUGUCGGGUAUUCUCUUGAAGGACUCCCCUCCAAAGUGCCAUCAUUCAAGCAUUCCAGCUCUGCAACUCGUGACACCCUGACUUGGGAGCAUGUUCCCCUCCUCGAACGGAACGGGAUAAUCCUGUACUACCAGAUAGGAGUUAACGGACAAAAUGUGUACAACGUGAGCGCAUCGUCGCAUACGUCAGAGCUGCUUCAUCUCAGGCCAGGUCACGAGUAUGAAGUGUGGAUACGAGCUGUGACUGCGGCCGGGCCUGGAGAACGUUCCACCUUUACGUUUACAAGUCACCAGGAACACGAAGGAUACCUCACACCAAUCAUGCUGGGGAUAUUUUUACCUGUUGCAAUAUGCAUAUGUGUUGCUCUACUCUGUGCUUGUCAAGGAGGAAGAAAAGUGUGUCCACUGAUGCUUUCGUGUUUCUAUGAGAAAGUUCCAGAUCCUCGAAACAGCCACAUCUUCAGACAGGUGAAGAAUCAGAUGAGAGACCGACCCAUCUUAACAGGGUUACCCGAGAUAAACGACCCCUUGGGUUGGAUCUGCAUUCCUGAAUAUGAGCCGCACCCAAAGAUCUCUCUGCUGGUGGUCGUGGAAAGGUCUUUUAUAUCCAAUCCGAAGAAAACCUUCGACCCUGAAGGACACACGAGGCCAGUGGUGCCUGAUGGUUUCUCACCGAUGGACUCCAUGGAUGAUGAGAGGGAGGACGCAGUCACAGAAGAGACUCAUAGGACAGACCGUAAAUAUGGAACAGAAGCGUACAGCAAAAUAGUUGACUCAGAUGAGGAGCGGGAUGAGGAGAAGGAGGAGGAGAGAGAGGAUUGUUGGAGCUCCUCAACAGAAGAACUGUUUGAGUCAGGUUAUGAAAAGCACUUCAUGCCCACUGCUUUGGAAAUACUGGAAGUUGCAUGAAAAUCUCAACGACGACUCCUGGUCAUUUACCUCAGAUGUGUGUGUGUUUAUUUUUUUAAAUGUAGAAAUGUCAUUUUAAAUAUGGCACAUCUGAAGAGGCUCCUGUUUCCUCAUCUGCAGGAUGUACUCUGAUCAUUGGAGGAAUUUCUUAAUCAGUAACAUGUCAACUGGACCCUCUUUCUACCUGAGCUUCCACCUUUUACAUUUCUUUGUUUGGUUUUUGGUAUGGCAACAUUUCAUGCUCGUAAGGUGCAUAUUAAAUGUUUUGUAGAAACAUUGAUGACUAAGUAAGUAGUAACGGCUAGUGACUACUAACAAAAUGCUCUAUUCCAACAAAAAUAAAGAAAUUCUUUAUUAGUGUAAAUUAAAUUCAAUCGAUGAUUUUAGGGAUAAAUGUUUUCAUUAAGAAUAUUAAAUGAGUUGCCAUGGCUACCAUCUUGAAAAAUU